AUGGCCACCUCUGCAGCAUCACAGUCGGCAAUCUCGAGAUUCAUCAACUCGCCAGCGGGUCCCAAGACCAUUCACUUCUGGGCCCCUGCCAUGAAAUGGGCUUUGGUCAUUGCUGGUAUCAGUGACUUGCAGCGCCCUGCUGAAAACUUGAGCUUGCCGCAAAACUUGUCUUUGGUCGCCACUGGUCUUAUCUGGACCCGUUAUUCCAUGGUGAUUAUACCCAAGAACAUUACCCUCGGCACUGUCAAUGUUUUCGUAGCAGGCACUGGCCUGAUGCAAGUGGCAAGAAUCAUGAACUACCGUAUGUCGGAUGAGUACAAGCAAAAGCAGGCGCAAGAACAGGCCGUCAAGGCUGCCUAG